AUAGUAAGUGGCGGUUUCCGAGCACAUGCAUGUUGUCAGGGCUAGCCUGCCCCGCCGCUCGCUCGCUCAGCUGUUACUCGGAGCUACCUGCUGGGAAAUUCACCUUGACACUGCCUGGGUGUCUUCCACCCGUCGCAGAAUCGGAAAAGUUGUGUCCUCUAACACCGAAGAGGAGAUUUCACUUUCUGGGGACAAUUUCAGGACACUGCAGUACAAGGUCACGGUAUUCCUAGAAAGAUAAAACAUGACCAAAAGCAAUGGAGAAGAGCCCAGGACCGGGGGCAGGAUGGAGAGAUUCCAGCAAGGAGUCCGCAAACGCACACUUUUGGCCAAGAAGAAAGUGCAGAACAUCACGAAGGAGGAUGUGAAAAGUUACCUGUUCAGGAAUGCUUUUGUGUUGCUCACUGUCACGGCCGUCAUUGUGGGUACAAUCCUUGGAUUUGCCCUCCGGCCGUAUAAAAUGAGCUACAGGGAAGUCAAAUACUUCUCCUUUCCUGGGGAGCUUCUGAUGCGGAUGUUACAGAUGUUGGUCUUACCUCUCAUCAUCUCCAGCCUUGUCACAGGAAUGGCGGCCCUAGAUAGUAAGGCGUCAGGGAAGAUGGGCAUGCGAGCUGUAGUCUAUUACAUGACUACCACCAUCAUUGCUGUGGUGAUUGGCAUAAUUAUUGUCAUCAUCAUCCAUCCCGGAAAGGGCACCAAGGAAAACAUGUACAGAGAAGGUAAAAUCGUCCAAGUGACUGCUGCCGAUGCCUUCCUGGAUUUAAUCAGGAACAUGUUCCCUCCCAACCUGGUGGAAGCCUGCUUUAAACAGUUCAAAACCAGCUAUGAGAAGAGGAGCUUUAAAGUGCCCCUCCAGGCCAACGAAACACUCCUGGGCGCCGUGAUCAGCAACGUGUCGGAGGCCAUGGAGACCCUGACCCGGAUCCGGGAGGAGAUGGUGCCCGUUCCCGGGUCUGUGAACGGAGUCAAUGCCCUGGGCCUCGUUGUCUUCUCCAUGUGUUUCGGUUUCGUGAUUGGAAACAUGAAGGAGCAGGGGCAAGCGCUGAGAGAUUUCUUUGAUUCUCUGAACGAAGCCAUCAUGAGGCUGGUGGCGGUGAUAAUGUGGUAUGCACCUCUGGGCAUCCUCUUCCUGAUCGCAGGGAAAAUUGUUGAGAUGGAGGACAUGGGUGUGAUUGGGGGGCAGCUGGCCAUGUACACAGUGACAGUCAUUGUUGGCCUCCUCAUUCACGCCGUCAUUGUCCUGCCCCUCCUCUACUUCCUGGUCACCCGGAAGAACCCCUGGGUGUUCAUUGGAGGGUUGCUGCAAGCGCUCAUCACAGCUCUGGGGACCUCCUCAAGCUCUGCCACCCUCCCCAUCACUUUCAAAUGUCUCGAAGAGAACAAUGGCGUGGACAAACGCAUCACCAGAUUCGUGCUCCCCGUGGGGGCCACCAUCAACAUGGAUGGGACCGCCCUCUAUGAGGCUUUGGCUGCCAUUUUCAUCGCUCAAGUUAACAACUUUGACCUGAACUUUGGACAGAUUAUUACAAUAAGCAUCACGGCCACGGCUGCAAGCAUUGGGGCAGCUGGGAUUCCUCAGGCUGGCCUGGUCACCAUGGUCAUUGUGCUGACAUCUGUGGGCCUGCCCACGGAUGACAUCACACUCAUCAUCGCGGUGGACUGGUUUCUGGACCGCCUCCGCACCACCACCAAUGUGCUGGGUGACUCCCUGGGAGCAGGAAUCGUUGAGCACUUGUCUCGACACGAACUAAAGAACCGAGACGUCGAAAUGGGGAACUCCGUGAUCGAGGAGAAUGAAAUGAAGAAGCCCUAUCAGCUGAUUGCCCAGGACAAUGAGCCCGAGAAACCCGUGGCUGACAGUGAAACCAAGAUGUAGACUAAGCCGGAGGGCUUCUCUUGAGCACCCGGUGUUGGAAGGCUCUUCCGCAGUGUGUCUCACUGAGCUCGCUCACACAGUGAGCCCCUUCUCUUUUCCCUCCCUACUCUGAUAGGAUUGGAGAAUGUCCAAAAACAGGGGAGGGCUUGGCAGCAGCCAAAACAUGUAGGUUUCAGACCAUAUUUGAAGUUUUUAAUUCAUUUCAUGUUAUUCUUACCAAGUAAGUUACUGGGAUCAAACAUAGUUUUGAUAUCACCAAUUUAGAUGGCGAACAAUCCUGUGCGAUUGUUUUAUAAGGAAAAGCAUUAAACAAGGGACAGGUUAAAAACCUUUCUAAACCAACUCUCAAAAUCCAAACGUCCUUCAGAACACAAUUGAGUGUUAGUCUGAAAAACGUAACUCGAUGAGCAAUUAUGUCACCUUUGCGGAAGCAGAGAUGUUCCCCCAUUUCUUCUGACUUCUGUCCUGACUUUAUCAGUUCCAGGGCAAUGCCCACAUGCAUACAGCACAGCCGUGGGGAGGAGGAGCAGAAGGCGUGGUCUCGAGGGAGACUCAUCUCAUGCCUUGGCCUCUGUGUUCUCAUCCUGAUGAUAAGAGACUCUAGAUACUCUGGGCCUCCCUAGCCGAGAUUUCUGCAACAUCAGGAAAGACCCUGCCCUGUAUCACAUGGAGAUCUCAGAAAGGACACUUCAUGGGGAUGGAUGUUUCUCACUAGGGGCAGGCUGUGUGUGGCUCACUAGGUACUGGGUCCAAAAUGUUGGUUAUAGAAGUAGAAAUGCGGACGGCCAUUCCAGGAGUGGGAUUAUUUGUGGGGCCCCUUUGCCUGCGUUUUUGUUUUUGUUUGUUUUGUUUUGUUUACCAAUACUAGAAGCACUCCCUUCUUGGGUAUUCUUCCAGAACCCAAGGGAUGGCUCUAAGAAAGCCUCCCACCUUCAACUGACACGUAGAUGUUCAGGAAAUCAACAGAAAGCUAGCAACUAGCUCAUGGUCUUACUAUGAACCGCUAAAGAGCAGAGAAAGAAGAGGGUUUGGCCAACAUUACAAGGGGAGGGUUCUUUAUGAAGAUCAAGAAUAGACGGUCUUCUUUAAAGAUAAGCAAAAGGGGGAGCUACAUCUCAGUCCUUUCUGUUAACCUGAACACUUAGUCUUUUGUUCCCAAUCAGUCCCCAGAGAAAUGACAUAUAAUGCCACUCCUUCCAUACUUCAAAGUCAAGCAAAUGAAAUUCCUGGGACAGAUCUGUGUGCUAGGUGGAUGAUCUCAUCUCCAAAAAUGUUUUUUGUUUUUGGGGGGUUUUGUUUUGGUUUGUUUAGCAAUUUAAACAGACUUUCUUAGAAUGAAAGAAACAAGAUACUUCUCUGUAGAAAAAUGCCACUUGGCAAAUCAUUCAAAAUUUUCAUCUCGAGUGGGGUUUGCUUUAGUUUUGUUUGUGGCUCUACCAAAAAAAAAAAUGGUAGAUGAGUCAGCAUGAAAAUAAACAUCAAUGAGGGUGGAAGAAAAGACAGCAGGGGCAUUGCUUUCAGGCAAGGCAGCUCCCGGGUUUAAAAGAGAUUAUUUUUACCCCCCUGGGAAUAUUCAGUCAAAGACAUUCAAUAAGAGCCAUCCGAUAGUGCCAGCUGCGUUAGUUUCUGAACAAAAAUGACAAAUGCUCACGGUGACGCUAACAAACUGAGUAUCGAGAAAUGUGUCUCCCAAUUUAUAAUUAGAGGUAUCUUAUAGAGAUCUUGAGCAUGACAUGCAUAUAAAGGUUAACACUAGGCUAUGGUGGAGUAAUCAUUGAAUAAUGGCACGCUGUAUUUGGGAAGCACACUACAGAAGUUAAUGUAUGUGGCAGCCGUUUUAUAACACUAGUAGAACAAAACUUAACCAUGUCAGAUUAAUGCUGUUACCCAGUGUGGGGUUUUGUUUUUGUACUAACCAUUUCUUAUGAAAACAGGUCCUCUGAGGUGGUCCCUUUGCCAGUGCAUCAGAGGCUCUGCAUAUGUGUGUACCCACUGAGUACUGGAAAACAUUACUUUGUAGAUGUAUUUUCAAUAAAGAAAAAAUAGUUUUACAUUAA